AUGUCCGCAUCAGCGCGGGCCGCAUCCCUCGCGUGCCUUCCGUUUCUCCGCUCCCGCACGGUCUCCGCGCUUCCGCGCUCCGCCACCAUCGUUUUCUCCCCCACCUCGCCUUUGCGCGCGCCUCUGUCUCCGCCGUCUGGUUCAACCUUCCGCGCGCGCUUUCCCGCUGCGGAAGCUCCGCCUUCGCAGAUUCAGUCUCGACUCGGCGCUACAACCGACAGCGUUCUCUCCCGCGCAAGCGCUUUCACUCCGCGCUUUGCGCCAGCGGCGCAAGGCUCGCGCGCGAUCAGCGGAGCUUCACCGCGCCUAUCCCGCCCCGCAGCUGCUGAUUCCGCCAGCCGGCGCGGAAGCGAUCCGCGGAAGCCGGAGAUGGCGCACGCGGCGACUGGCGGAAGCGGUGGCGGCGAGGAAGGGGGAGUGUCUGAGGAGCGGGCGGAGCGGAAAGUUGCGCCGUUCGGGGCGUGGGAGUCCCCCAUCGGCGCGGAUAUGGCGAGCAGCGCAAGCCUGCGCUUCGGGGGGGCGGUGGUGGAUAGCGAAGGGCGCCUGGUGUGGGCAGAGGGCAGACCGACAGAGAAGGGUCGGGUGGUGGUGGUGAGAGAGGGGACACGUGGCACUGCCCCAUUGGACGUCUCGCCUCCCUCCAUGAGCGUGCGAUCCCGCGUGCACGAGUACGGGGGAGGCGCCUUUCUGGUCGCCCCUUCCCCUCCUCCUGCCACGUCAGCUUCCACGUCGGAUGCCACGUCAGCAGCUACCAGCAGUGUGCCGGGCGAUCUGCUGAUCUUCUCAAAUGGAGCCAAUCAACGGCUCUACGCGCUUGAGAUGCCAUCCGACAGCUCAGAUUGUGCCGAAGCCAUGGGAUUAGGCGAGCCGCAGCCUAAACGAGAACUUCUAGCAAAAGCGCCCCAGCCUCGUCCGCUGACCCCUGUCGUCGAGCCACCUGGCGUGCUGCGAUUUGCUGACGGCCGGCUGGACGUGCACAGGCGGCGGGUUAUAUGCGUGCAGGAGGACCAUCGCCACAUCAACAGCGGUGGGGACGGAACAGAUGAGCAUGGGGAACAUGGCGAGCCGAGAAACAUGAUCGUGGCUGUCUCUUUGGAUAGCGAUGGGACUGAAGGUGAGUUUAUUACUUUGCGAGCAUCAGGAGCAGCAGCAUCAGCAUCAGCAUCAGCAGCAGCAGCAGCAGCAGCAGCAGCAGUAGAGGAGGAACAGAGGAACAUGGCGAGCCGAGAAACAUGA